GUUCUCAGUUGUUGGUUUAUUCUGGAUAAAUGCCAAUUAUUGCUGCAAUUAAAACGUUAAAAUGCGUUGUGUUUGGCCCAGAAUGCGUUUUUACGGGGGAUCUUAAACUCAGCAUCAUUACGUGUCAUCCUUCCGCGGGAAUUUCAGGAUUCUUUUUCUGCUCUUUGAUCGGAAACAAAGUAGAACCUUCAAUUUAACACUUUCAGAUUUUAAUGUUGUGGACGGCUGGAAUUCUUCACAUCACAAAAUGUCUAAAAAGAAAGGCCUCAGUUUGGAGGAGAAGAGAACAAGAAUGAUGGAAAUUUUCUUUGAAUCGAAAGAUGUUUUUCAACUUAAAGACAUAGAAAAGAUUGCACCCAAGAGUAAAGGCAUAGCCCCCAUGACUGUGAAGGACGUGCUGCAGAGCCUGGUUGAUGACAACAUGGUGGACUGUGAAAGAGUUGGCACAUCCAACUACUACUGGGCGUUUCCCAGCAAGGCCUUAAAUGCUCGCAAGCACAAACUGGAGGAGCUGCAGAAACAGCUCUCUGAUGCUAAGCAGCGGAAAGCGACCCUCCAGAAAGUGGUUGAAAAGGCGAAAGUUGGACGCCAAGAUACGAAAGAGAGGAGCUCUCUGCUGAAGGAGCUGAAGGCUCUGAGAGAGGAGCGAGCACAGCUGCAGGCCGAGCUGGACCAGUACAGAGAGUGUGACCCACAAGUUGUUGAAGACAUGAGAAAGUCCAAUGCUGUAGCUAAAGAAGCUAUCUCCAGGUGGACAGACAACGUGUUUGCCAUCAAGUCCUGGACAAAGAAGAAGUUCUCCUUCGACGACAGCCGUAUUAAUAAAGCCUUCGGCAUCCCAGAUGACUUUGACUACAUGGACUGACCGUGAACUUUUCAGACACACCCCUGAAGUCUGUUUCUCACCGCUCUGCUGUUGAUUUUUGUGUUUAUUCUGAGUGGGGGGGGGGGGACCCAUCCGGAUUCAGUUUACAGCGUGAGGUGGAAACAUCAGUUUUCCAGAUGCAUUUUACCAGGGAAUAAAUUACUCGGGUGCAACUGGAGAGGGGACCGAGCCACCCGCGGUUGUGAGGAGUCACAGGGUCCUGUGACAAACAGCUUGACUCUUUGGACACCUGUUGACUUGAAACUGAGAGCUCCGAGCCGAUGACGGACGGGAAUCAACUUUUCCACUGGCAUUGGUUGCAUUUGGAUGGUUUAAACAGAUGGUUUAAAUUUGGUUUUGCAUGACCUCUCCUGUUUGUUUUAAUUUUAUUUUACAGUGGGUCAUCUUGAGCCAGAAAAAAUGUAUUGGGACAAAUGGCAUGUUAAAUAGCUGUAAAUAGUUUUCCUAUUCAAAUAAAGUAAAAAUUAAUUGGCGUCUAAAUUUAUUUGACUUUGAGUUGAAGUCUAGCGCGCACACGUCUUCACAUUAAACCUCACAUUUUAAAUUUCUUGACUAAUUGCCCUGAGGGUGGUACAAAAUCCUGUAAUUAAUGUGUUUUGCUUUUUCUUUCACAGCUGCAAACCUUUUGGUGAAAAUACUUUACUGCUGUGUUAGCACGUCUUCAAUGACUGUCGCCCAUUUCUUUAGCGUAAAAAAACAAAGCUUAUCAGCUUAAUGGUUGUUUAGUGUUCACUCAUUUGACCCAGUUAAAGGAGUUUGUGUGUCUCAUCACAUCCUGCUGAUCUCUUGAGUUUUUUUGUAAGGUGAUUAAUUAUAUUUGACAUAUUUUGGUAGCUCUGAUUUUUCUUUUUUUUACCUGCCACUGAAAUGGUUAAAAGUUCUUGUUCUUUACACACUCACCCAUACGACUGAGGAUUUUGGCAAAAGUCAUUUCAAAGAUUAAAGAAAAAAUUGUCAUA